UCAGUACGCGGCGUGGCUCUGUUCCGAGCGCACGCUAUUUUCUUUGUUCUAUUGUAAGUGUACUUUGCUCAUUUUCUCCAAAAACAAUGACUUCUUUCGAAUCCGGCAGAUUCUCGUCAUCAAAAAAAGAAACUUCCCCCCGCAGUGUUGCCUAAAACCAAAGAACUUAUUUGUUCUCAGUUCCAUUUCUUCAAUAAUCCUACAUCAUCGAAGUAAUUAUGGGGCUCCAAUCAUACUGAUUCUGCUAAUGCAGUUUAAUCUACAGCCUGUUCACACACUGCAUUCCUCAAGAUUCUUUUCCAACCUCGGAUAUGACACUUGCGGUAUCUUCUUGGAGAUAUCUUUUUAUUGAACACAAACAACCAUAUAAUUUUAUCAUGUGAGCAGUCCCCGAGGAUCGCAGAAAAUAACUGGACGUCUAGAAUUGAAUUUUGAAAUUGAGAUUCUGUAAUAGAAAAUACAUUGUAUUGUGGUGUCAGCUGGGUAGUGGCCUGUGACAAGCUGAUUUAUGAUUCGAUCUCUUCGCAGUAAUGAGUGCGACUUAAGCUCUGCUACGAAGCAGGCCAAUUUUAAUUCAUUAGUGGGGCGACCCGUGUGACCCUUUGGACAGUGUCGUACCCGGUUAAGUGAAUUAUUUCGUUUGACUCAAUCCACACGAGACUUUUGUGAAAUACAAUUUGCUAGGACAAUGCACAACAAAUCAAGCCAUCACCAACAUUACCAGCAUUGGAGAGAGAUUUAAGCACAGUAAUUGUGCCCCUCAUUCCCUGGCACCGCGAUGACCACUUCAAACUUCUAUUAUACGCCACUGCAAAACAGACUUUGAGUAAUGAAAUAAAUGUCAAACCUGCUCGGUUGACCUACAUCAUGAAGAUGCAGUGGCUGACGGUAAUGAUAUGUUUUUACGCCGGAGUGGCAAGAGCUCGCACAGAAGAGGAUCAAGCUUCGUCCGCAAAUCAAGCUUCAACACCAAAUCCAAUUCCCGAAGAAGUUCUUCCCGAGCAAUGUUUUUAUCAGCCACCCACAGAAUGCCCGUCAGCAGAAUCAGGAGAAUGUCCCUGCAAAAGGAUAGUUCAGUCGAAGGCAAAUCCAGAAGAAGGUGCUGUUCUCUGCUGUAAUUUAAAUAGCCAUAAAGCUUUCGAGGAAGGUCUUGCUUGUACAAAUUUCCCAGUAAAUGUGUCUUACGUUCACAUACGUAACGCCACCUUGGACGUAUUUAAUGCAAGUGAAGUUCGAUGGAGAAGACUGAAAUCCCUAGCCCUCACUGACGGGAAAAUAAAUGGAGUAAAGGGUCAAUUUAGGAUGAUGACGCCAACCUUGUGCCUUAAUCUAUCUAAUAAUGGUCUGGUCGAAGUAGAGAAUAAUUCUCUAACCCGGCUUGACAAGCUUACAACUUUGGAUUUGUCCUAUAACAAUUUGACAUACCUCCCGGCUCUAAACACGAUGAAUGGUCGUGAAUUUUUACUCGACAUCUCUGGAACAAAUACACUUUGGUGCCACGAUAUUUACCAGUACAUCAACAAGACUGGAGAAAAACAAAUUAACUUCAAGCGAGAGAACGAAACUGUUUGUUCCGCAAGUAAAACCUGGCAUUGGUUCAAUACUACAGAGCAAGUUCCCUUGAAACAAGUCCGUUAUCUAAGUUUGUUGCAAACAGAAUGUCCUAAAGGAGAAAACUGGCAGUGCCAGUGUAAUUUUCGAAGACUGGAUAUUGUCGAAGGCAAACCUCCGACUUUAGCUGUAAAUGUUGACUGCAGUGGAAUGCAAUUGCCUGAACUUCCUGAAAAAUUACCGCGCAAUACGAUAGCCCUAAAUGUUUCUUAUAACAACAUUACUGAGCUUGAUGACUUGAGUACAAAUUCAUGUUAUGAAGAUAUUCGAGAAUUUUAUGCAGACUACAACAACAUAUCCUCCAUUAAUACAUUAGAAGGUUCCAAAUUUCUGGAGAAUUAUUCUAUUCUCAGUUUGCGGUACAACAAAAUCAAAUCGCUUCCAACUUACAUUCUAGCCCCUAACGCACACGAGAAAAAUUUCGCUAGUAGAGUAGUGAAGCUCGGAGGUAACGAAUUGUUGUGUGACUGUAAUACCGCUAAAUAUUUAAAGGUGUGGCUGCAGGCCCGAAUUAUGGACUACGACGAGGUUCUCUGCGAGAACGUGAAAGAAAAAGUAAUGGACUUGGAGCCUUCGAAAAUGUGCGUGUACCCGGGCGACUGGACUGAUUAUAUUUAUUACAUAAUCGCCACAGAAGUAAUAAUGCUGAUUGUUCUCGUGACCAAAGUUUCGUACGAUUAUUGGGUUUUCAAAACAGCAGGAUAUCUUCCCUGGCCCGCGAGUAAAAUGCCCAAAUUGCCUUGCGACUGGUUAUGCGAAACCUAAUCAAAUAUUAAUAAUAAUCAAUAAUAAUAUUGCCUGAUGAAAAUAUUUUUAUGAACUGAAAUCGCAGAUUUUUUUUUAUAUUCGCUAUUCACGGAGAAAAGCAAGGAUAGAAAUUAAAUGAAUAAUUUUUCUAAUAUUAAGUGUAACUAAAUUAUACUUUUAUAAAUUGUACAGUACACUUUUAAGUAUCUCAGCUCGUAUUUCGUAUGACUUUUGUCGAAACUGUAAAGUUUACAAGACUUCAAAGUUUAUGAGACUACAAAGUUUUGUAUAAGUUUGAUAUUUUUUAUUUAUAGUUUGCCCCGCUUAGGAAUUUGCUAGCAAAACGCCCUCUACGAAGACUUGUAAAUUAUUUUAUAAGUUCUCCUUUUUUUACUGUGAUUUUGUGAAAAAAAGUACGUUUAUUGUACCUAAUUUUAAGCAUAAUCAGUGCUUUCAUUGUGUUGUUUAUUAUAAUACGCCUAAAGUAAUGCUCAAUGUUUAAAAUACAUUUUAAAUUGGCUGACGCGUCAAAGAUUAAUUAUUUUAUACUCAAAUUCAUGCGAAUUGGCUUUCUAGUCUUUGAUAAACGUUAUAAAUAAUAAUAUUCAUUAUUUUGUAGAAUAUAAUGAUUGUUCGGAAAAGAAGUAGGAUAUGUAAAUUAUGUAAGACAGGAUUAAUUUCUCACGGCUUUUACUGAUUAAUGAAUUAUCUCUUUUUAUAAAAUACAUGAAACAAAAUGUAUCUCAUUGUUACGUAAAACAGAAUCGUGAUUAAAGACUUAAAAGAA